AUCAAGCACCUAGGCAUGCAGACUGCUUCUACAAACAUUUGUAAAAAAAUGGGUCACUCUCAGGAGCUCCAUGAAUUCAAGUGCGGUACCGUCAUAGGUUGCCACCUGUGCAAUAAGUCCAUCUGUGAAAUUUCCUUGUUACUAAAUAUUCUACGGUCAACUGUUAGUGGUAUUAUAACAAAGCUGAAGCAACUGGGAACAACAGCAACUCAAAGUGGUAGGCUACGUAAAAUGACAGAGUGGGGUCAGUGCAUGCUGAAGUGCGCAGAAGUUGCCAACUAUCUGCAGAGUCAAUAGAUAAAGACCUCCAAACUUCAUAUUGUGGCCUUCAGAUUAGCACAACAGUGCAAGGAGAGCUUUGGAAUGGCUGAGCAGCUGCAUCCAAGCCUUACAUCACCAAGUGCAAUGCAAAGCUUCGGAUGCAGUGCUGUAAAGCACUCCGCCACUGGACUCUAGAACAGUAAUUGCAUGCCUGCAUUGGGCCAAGUGUAAAGUUU